ACGGGGAACACGGGGGGCAUGGGGGUGACCUCGGGGAACUCCACUCCCUUGCCGGGACCCGCCAUCCGAUGUGAGUUGAAACCAGCCUGUUGGGAAUUUAUCCAAUGAAAGGCAAUCUACUUUUUUUGAGAACAGCGUCUCGCAAAGUCCUUGCGAUGUCGUGAUCCGGGCCUCCACUAGGCGUCCCAGCCCGUCGGGGACGCUUGAGCCGGAGGUGCCCGAGAGGUCUCAGUGCGACAUCGGACGUCUUUUAACACCUUGAUGUCCACAUUUCGCUCAUUCGCCGAGCCGACUAUUUUGAGUGAGGCUCCCGGCUUGGAGGAAAUCGCGUGUGCUGAGAAACCUUAGUUUGGUUCUCCCCUAGUUUUUCCCUUUACGCGCACCCUUCCUUCCAGUUGACGCUGAACGGCUAGAAAGAAAUAUUGAGAGUGAGAGAGUGUGACAAUGCCCGUCAAGCAGAUCAACACCGAGCUGGGCCACUCCGUCCCCCCGGAAGCCCCCCAUAACAUCACCCUCCACAUCCCCGGCUGGGACACAGCCAAAGCCCUCCGCCGCGGCGACCCCGAGCUGCUCAGCAAACUAAUCACCAUGUACCCACGCUUCGGGCCAUGGGCCGAGGUGCGCGAGCUCUCCACAGCGCUGCACCCCCUCCUCGACCUCCCCCCAACCCACGACCUCAUCCUCUUCACCCACCCCGACACCAUCCCCACCGCAGCGCGCUAUGCCGCCUCCCCCUACCGCACCAACCCCUCUCACCGCAUCCCGCCAACCCAGCUCCUCUUCCGCGCCCUCGACAUCCCCCUCACCCUGCCGCUCCCCUCCGAACCGACCGGCGGCGACGCCGACAACAACAACAACCCCGACGCCGGUACCACCACCACCAACAACAACAACAACAACAACCUCGACCCCGACACCAACCACCACGACUCGGUGGUGCGGCUCUACGCCGUCGCCUACCCGCUCGCCAGCGCGCCCGGCGCGGUGGGCGUGUGGCAGAACUGCGGCAUCGGCAUCUCGUCGCGCCUGGCGGCGGCGCUGCUGCCGGCGGUGAGGGCGGGGCGGGCGAGGGUGCUAGGGUGGAAGGGGGAUGGGGCGGGGUGGGGGGGCGUGCCGGUGCCGGAGGAGGAGGAGGAACAACUAAAGGGGGAGGGGGAGGGAAAAAGGAAGGGGGGGCUGCCGUUGGGGGAGGGGCAUGCUGGGUUGAGGAGGCGGAUUGCGGGGUUGGUGGGCGGUGGCGGGGUGGUGGAGGAGGGGGAUGUGUGGCUGUAUCCGACGGGGAUGGCGGCGGUUUAUCGGUCGUAUCUGGCGCUUGCGGAGGAGAGCGAGGGGGGGAUGAAGCAUUUCGGGCGGUGUGAUGCGGAGAGCGGGGUGGUCGAGGCGGUGGCGGAGUGGUUGGAAGGGGAGAAGGUCGCCGGGAGGAAGGUUGGGUAUAUCUUCGCCGAGUUUCCGAGCAACCCGGUUCUGGUGAGCGUGGAUUUGCGACGGCUGAGAGCGGUGGCCGACAAAUAUGGCGUCCCCGUCGUGAUAGACGACACGAUCGGAUCCUUUUGCAACAUCGACGUCUCACCCGUCGCCGACGUAAUCAUCACCUCCAUGACCAAGUCCCUCAGCGGCUAUGCCAACGUAAUGGGCGGCUCCAUCAUCCUCCCCCCCACCUCAGCACACCACGCCAACCUCAAAGCCACCCUCACCGCCCAGUUCCGCAACGAAUACUUCCACGCCGACGCGCUCAAGCUCCUGGCCAACACCCAAGACUACACAUCCCGCUCGGCCAUCCUCAACCGCAACGCCCUCACGCUUGCCACAUUCCUGCACACCCACGCCACCACCAGCACCACCAACCCCGCCACGCCCUCCGCCAUCACCGCGGUCCUCUACCCGCCCUUCACCAACACCCACACCAACUACAAGGCCAUGAUGCGGCGGCCGCCCACCACCACAGGGCCGGACGGCGGCAAGUUCACGCCCGGCUACGGGUGCCUGAUGGGGAUCGAGUUCACGUCGCUGCGGGUGGCGCGGGCCUUCUACGACAGCCUGUCGGUGCACCACGCGCUGCAUCUGGGUGCGCACCAGACGCUGGCGUUCCCCUUUACCGACGCCAUCUGGGGCAAGAACCCAGAGGAGGCGGCGUAUGUGCGGACGUUCGGGGUCAAGGCGGAGCAGGUGCGGGUGAGCGUGGGGUUGGAGGACGAGGAGGAGCUGCUGGAUACGUUUCGGGCGGCGCUGGUGGUUGCCGAGAGGGUUUGGCGGGAGGAGGAGGAAGAAAAAAAGGGGAAGGGGAACUAG